UGCAGCUGCGGAUCUCUGGCUGAGCGCUCCGCUUGGCAAGCCGGCGAACGGUCUUUCUCCUUCUCUGCCUGCUUCGCGAGCAAAGCGCCGGGCCUCAGCUUGCAGCCCUUUCGGAGCGCCCUGCCCGCCCCCUCCAGCCCAGCCGCCUGCCCGCGAUGUCCGGCCGAGGGAAGUCCGGCGGCAAAGCGCGCGCCAAAGCCAAGUCCCGCUCGUCCCGCGCCGGCCUGCAGUUCCCGGUGGGCCGCGUGCAUCGGCUGCUGCGGAAAGGCAACUACGCCGAGCGGGUGGGCGCCGGGGCACCAGUGUACCUGGCGGCCGUGCUGGAGUACCUGUCGGCCGAAAUCCUGGAGCUGGCCGGCAACGCGGCGCGGGACAACAAGAAGACCCGCAUCAUCCCGCGACACCUGCAGCUGGCCAUCCGCAACGACGAGGAGCUAAAUAAGCUGCUGGGCGGGGUGACCAUCGCCCAGGGCGGGGUCCUUCCCAACAUCCAGGCCGUGCUGCUGCCCAAGAAGACCCAGAGCUCCAAGAAAUGAGCCCGGCCCUGUUUCCGAAGGGGAACAACAAAGAAUGGGCCGGUGAUGUGUCCCCACCACCCCACCCGCAGGAUCCGACCCAGCGGGCACCGGACAUUUUCUCCCUUUUCUCUCUGCUUCACUUGGAGCAUCCAGCGCUGGGUAGAUCUCUUCCUCUCCGCCUCCUCUGCCUUGGCGCAGCCAUCGCUGGGCCGCCUCUGCGCCUCCUCUCCUCGCUCUGGUCCUCCCUGUCCGCCUGGCGUUGCAGCCGCCGGGCUUCCCUCUCGCCCUCGCCAGCCCUCUUUCCUUCCAGUGAUCUGCACCUCGCUUGGCACUCCUGCCCUCUUUCAGUCCCAGGGAUUGGUGUGGGAAGAGCAGGCUUAAAUCAUUUUUCUGUGUCUCGAGAAGGGCACGUGCCGCGGGCCUGGUGGCUGCCACCUAGUGCCCUGCAAAUUGAUUUCUGUAUUUUUUUUCUCCCUCCGUGUCUCUCUCUUCUCAUUCUCCCUCCCAUCCCCAUGAUUUAUGCCCUAAUCUACUACUACCCUGAAGCUGCUUAAACCUGCAGCAUCUGUGCAAUUAGCUUUUCUUUUCCCUCCCUUAAAGCCACUAUUAAUUUUUUCAGGAAAGGGGAUUUGGAAAGAAAGAACAGUUUUGGAACUAGAAGAAUGAUUUGUGCAUCUUGUUUUUCUUGAAUUGGGACUAACGGGAAGAACGGAAGUCAUGAAGCAAGGUGGAAGCUGCAAGCCUGCCCUAGGAAGGCAAGGGACUUUUGCUUGGCAGUGUGCCACCAUUUGUGACCAUGGAGGCUUUCUGCAUCCUGUCUGUGCACCUGUCAGGGAGGGAGGAUGAAGGGAGAGCCUCUCCAUUCACUACUGUUCUGCACAAAUAUUCCGUCUACUCUCUUAAAAUUGCUCUGUCACGGAGCUGAAUACAGUGAUGGAUCUAUCUACCUGUUGUUGCUGCACAUCCCCAUUCAAUGUGAUCACAAACUUAAUAAAACGUUUUUUUUUGGGGGGGGGGGGAGAAAAGGAAGCUGCCAGAAAAAUCAUAAUGUGAAAAGAGCCACUUCUCUUGUUGAGAGAAAUGUUCAUCUCUUCAAGUGCUAAGCUUUUUUCUCCCCCUUCCUUGUUUGCUUUAUGAUGAGGUAUUGCGUCACUGUAUUUGUACUCCAUUCCUAAUUGUGUGCUUGUGUUAAAUUUUUGAUUUUAUUGUUGUUGCAAACCUUUUUUUGAAAGAAGGGGGGAAUCUAGUUUAUGAAGUUAACAGCCUUGGGCUGGAGGCAAACAGUAGUGUGUGUGUGUGUGUGUGUGAGAGAGAGAGAGAGAGAGAGAGAGAGAGAGAGAGGUUAUUGGACAGUGUCUUCAAUUUCCUAGGGUAUACACAUCUUGUCCUACUGUCACUUCUGGCCAAGCAUGCUUGGGGUAGGGUUUUGAAUGAUGUGAAUCCAUGUAAGACCUUUUGGGCCAGACACAAAAGUGAGAUGAGUGCACAGGCCAAGAACAGUAAUUGUCUUUCAGGCCAACUCUUGGGAGAGGGAGGGUACCUAUUAUCUGUCUCUAGCCUUGAUUGGUGCUGCAUUCAGAUCUUCUGAAUGCGCUUAGCAGCUUAGCUGGAACCUCAUUUUAAGCAAGAGUCCUUGGAUUUAGGUCGUAUUUUUGUCCUGUUGACGACAGCAGAGCUAAAAUCAAAAGUAUUUUAGCAUAAUGGCUUUUGUGGUUUUUCAGCCUAAGUGAUGGUAGGUCUGGAGGUGCCUGAAGUUUCCUUGAAACAGAAGCAAUUACGUUGUGUUGUCUGUUCUGUCCUCCUCCCACCCCCGUUCCCUUUUGGAUUAUUAGUUCUGUUAUAGACCUUUCCCCAACGAUGGAGGUUUGGCAUUCUGUAUCCUUGUUUUGCACUUUAAAACUAUACACAGGUUUUUUUCUGUUCAGAAUUUCACGCCUGCUGCAUAAAAUAGAGUGCAAUUGUGGCAUCUGUUUAAUUGUAAUCCUCAAUGGAUUCAUUUUUGGGAUUUGGGUUUUUCUAGGGGGGGGGGAACUUAAUUUAUACUAGAGUAAAAUAUCUAGUUAAUGUGUUGGUUUACUAAAUUGGUAUUUGGGUAACGUAUGAGCAUGGAAGAUGACCUAGCCAGUCCUGUGGUGCAUAGUAGCUAUGGUACUCUAGAGAUGGUGUUGUUGUUGUUGUUGUUUAGUCGUUUAGUCGUGUCCGACUCUUCGUGACCCCAUGGACCAGAGCACGCCAGGCACUCCUGUCUUGCACUGCCUCCCGCAGUUUGGUCAAACUCAUGUUGGUAGCUUCGAGAACACUGUCCAACCAUCUUGUCCUCUGUCGUCCCCUUCUCCUAGUGCCCUCAAUCUUUCCCAACAUCAGGGUCUUUUCCAAGGAUUCUUCUCUUCUCAUGAGGUGGCCAAAGUAUUGGAGCCUCAGCUUCACGAUCUGUCCUUCCAGGGAGCACUCAGGGCUGAUUUCCUUAAGAAUGGAUAGGUUUGAUCUUCUUGCAGUCCAUGGGACUCUCAAGAGUCUCCUCCAGCACCAUAGAGAUGGUAUUGGAGCCAAAUCUUGCUUGCUUGCCUAGGUGAAAAGUUUAUAGAACCACGUGCAUGCAGCAGUGUCUCUAGGCUAUUGAGCAAGUAGAACUUGUAAUAUUUAUGGGCAACUGUGUAUGUGCUGUUAAGUAGCAUGUGUUCAACCUAUCAAGUGAGGUGUAAAUCUGUGGAUAAAGUAUUGUCUUGCUCUGGUUCGACUAAUAACACAUAGGUUAGGGGAACUUGGAUGCUUUAAUACCUGGGUAAUGAAAGUGGUUUGUUCACUCCUUAGUGAUAUUUGAGAGGUAGAACUUUGAUCUGCUCCUGUCUGAUUUGUCUUGCCUAUCUCCCAUUGCACACCCAGGAAAAAAGACCCAUUGUUUCUAAGUUGCUAUCUCAUUCCUCUGGCACUGGACCAGUGUAAGGCUCUUGCUUUCUUCUAAAAUGAACACGGAUUGCAUAAUUGUGGAGAAGAGAUUGUUUAAAUGCAAAUAACUACUGAAAAAUAGGAAAUGAGAGUUUGUGUUUUUCUGUCUUUUAUUAUUUCAAGAUCAGUAUUUUGUGUUCUGUCAAAAGACUGCUUUGUAUUUAUUAGAAAAUGCAGAACUUGUGAUACUGGAAAAGUGCAAAACCAAUAUUCUUAUUAAACCGAUUCAGUCUUGAAUGCAGAUCACAGAUGUCUCUUGUCGACACAUCACUUAAUUAGCUGUUUGGGGGCUACUGAAUCCAUGAAAGGUGUUUUUUUGUGGUUUGGGGUCUGUAAUGUGCAUUUAUGCCCUACUGUCCUGAAAAUACUGCUGGAAGAAAGGAAAGGUGGCCAGUGGAAGGACAAAGGUUUGGUCGUCUAGUAACUGUGACUUGACUGCAAUGUGAGCCAUCUGUCUUUCAGCUCCCAUGUUCCCUCUUUCUAUCUAAGAGCAAAUUAAAUGGUGUUGAUUAAUAAAUGGGAAAUUAAUGUUUGUAUCAAAUCUUAAAGCCCAUUUUGCCCAAAGUAUCCUUUUGUGGUCCUGGCAGUGGAGCCCAUUUUUAAAAGAUUUAUC